UAUUUGUUUAUAUUUAUAUUCAGAUUUCCAAAAUGCUGUCAGUUUCACUUUCUCGCAACAUGAGGAAAUCUUUAACAGAUCUCAUCGGAUCAAGAUUUCGUAAUAUUCAGAUUGUGGUCUGCUUACCUCUUAGUUCACAGGCGGGCCCUGUUAAAAAACAGAGCGUAGAGGCACAAGUCAAUCUACCUAUGAUACAGAAGAUUGAGAAAAUUUGCAGGAAGUAUAUUGAUCAGCUAGGAGAGGAGGAGGGUAAACAGUAUAAUAUUCAGAACUUCCUGAUCAUGUAUAUUCUUGGUUCUACUUCAAACACAGAGUAUAGAACUAAACUCUUUGACCGUUGGCCGACGUAUCUUGAAGACUUCCAAGCUUGUAAGAGUAUACUGGGAUACAGAUAUCCGGAAACAUUAUGUGAACAGUUCUUUAGGCUGAAUCUUAAACGGAACUCUAAAAUACUGGAUGUAGCCUGCGGACCUGGGAAUGUCGCCUUAAUUCUGCGUGAGGAAGGGUAUACUCAUGUAGAUGGACUGGAUCCCUCCUCAGGUCUACUAGCUGCUGGGGAGCAGAAAGGACUCUUUAACAAAACAUUCUGUUGUUUUGUAACACCGGACUCAAAAACUCCGAUUCCUGACAAUGCUUAUGAUGUUCUCCUGUGCAGUGCAGGCAUGUUUCCAGGCAGUAUAGUGCCUCAGGCUUUCCCAGAAUUACUCAGGAUAACUAGACCAGGAGGGAUUAUAGCAUGGAAUAUUGCUGAUGGAUAUGAGGGGUUCAAUGAAUUCUUCAAAGACUAUGACAAGAUUUACAAUCAGCUGAUUCAAGAUGGAAGUUGGGUUGAGGUUGAGCCUGUUCAAAGGAUGGAAGAGAUGUUAAUGGGAGAUGCAGGGUUCACAUAUAUCAUGAAGAAAAUCUAAAUGUAUCUUGUAUUUUAAAAAUAAAAUAUAUUUUGUUAAAUAUAAAUAAUGUUGUUUUCA